AUGGAAGAGGUGAAAUUGACAUUUAUUUUAUUAGAGGUGCCUUGGAAGGUUAUCAACUGUGACGUUGGUCCUAUUGAUGAUAUUUUAGUUACUGGAGAGUUUGAUGGUUGGCGUGCGGUCCAGUAUCAUCUGGAGCUUGGUAUGGAUGGUGUUUACAGAAGCAAAAUUCCAGUUUUAGAGGAUCACAAGGAUGUUAUUUUUAAGUUUCAAAUUAAUGGUAAUUUUUGGACAACUUUGUCUUCUUUUGAAACUAUUUGGGAUAACGAAGGCCAUUUGAAUAAUAUUCUAUCCUAUAAGGAUUGUAAAUUUAUUUCUGAGAAUGACAUCGAUGAGAAUGUUACUAUAAAUGAAAUGGGAUCCACUUUGGAUUGUAGGGAAAUGUCCGAAAGUACAGUAAGCCAUGCUCCACAUUCUACGGCAGUAGAAGAGAAUACCCUUCACAAGGUAAUAUUUAGUCCUCGGAUUACAACAGUGGAUCUGGAUGAGUCGAAAGAUGAUUAUAUUAACGUAUCAUCCAAUGGAGAAUUGAGCAGCAUUGAAAAUUUAGAAUUGGAUAUGAAUGAAAUGGAGGAAAACGUUGAAAGUACGUUGCAAUUUACAAAUAGAAAUGAAUUUUCCACGGAUUAUAAACCGUUAUUCAAUCUAGUGACUGUCACCAAGAAGAUGAGAACAUUUUUGAAUAAAUGA